GCCCGCCAUCUCGGCAGAAACCGCCCCAGAAUCCCCAAAUCCAACUGCGAGCGCGGAACCUCGGCAGCGACGAUGGCGCCCCAGGCCCCGGUCGUCGAGAUCAUCGACGACGACGACGACGACGGUGUCGGCGUGGCCGCCUCCCCUCCCGCGCUCCUCUCAGGCAGGCGCUCCCGCGCCACUCCCCCGCCCGCGGCAGCCGACGACUCUCCGGACUUCCUCGGGGCCUUCUCCCCCUCCCCGCCGGCCCCGAAGCGGCGCGCCACUCCCUCGACCGCGGCGGCCCUCGACUCUCCGGACUGGCUCGGGGCCUUCUCCCCCUCCCCGCCCGCCCCGAAGAGGCGCGCCACUCCCUCGCCCGCGGCGGCCCUCGACUCUCUCGACUUCCUCGAUGCCUUCACCCGGUCCCCGCCCGUCCCGAAGCGGCGCGCGCCCGCGUCCGCGACCCCGAUCGUCCUCGACGACGACACCCCUCCCCCGCCAAGGCGGCGCCCAUCCCCGACGCCCAUCCUCCUCCUCGACGACACGCCUCCCUCGCCGUUCGCUCCGGAGAUCCCGGACAUUGCUGUUGCGGCGACACCGCCAGCGUACGCCACCCCGCGCUCGACUGGGUCCUCCAGCGUCCCAGGCUCCUCUUCGACUGGCCGCGCGCAUGAAUCGUCUGGAGCUUCUUGUCCAAUAUCUCUGGACAGUGAUGAUGAGUUGGAUGACUUUGGGUCGACCACAGAGCCAUUGGUCAAGUUGAUUUUACCCUGUGGAAAUUCUUCUCCGCAAGAACAGGAUGACGACAACAUGGAAGAGAAUGCUCCACCGAUCAAAGAAAGAAAGGGACAGAAGAGAUUAAAUAAAGAAGAGAAAGAUAAAAUGAUUGAAGAGAAGAAACGACAGCGAGAGGAAAAAAGGUUGCAGAAAGAAGCUAAUAAAAUUCAACAAGCAGAGAAAAAGAAGUCGGCCAAAGAAAAAGCAGAAUGGGCUUCAGGCAAACGUGCUUUAGAAUCCAUUGUCGCCAAGAUCGACUCAAAGGUCAUAGAAACUGGCUCAAUCGGAGGUGCUCUCCUGACAAUGUUUUCAGAAAAGAAACUUUCCUAUCAAGUUGAGCGUAAUCCAAUGAGGGGAUCAAUUUUGUGGAAGAUGGUUUCUCCAAAUGAUCAGGAGCCAGCUUUGGAGCCAUAUAUCCUAUUUGUGCUCCAAGCUGAGGAAUUCUGUGAUCUUAUAAGCAGUGGAAAGUUCUUGGAUCAUGUUCUCAAAGCUCGAAGUCUCUAUCCAACUUUCACUAUUUGCUAUGUCACUCAUAAAUUGAUGAAAUACAUAUAUGAUAGAGAGCAAAGCCAGUAUAAGAAUUCCGACAGUUCUAAUAGAUGGAAACGUCCACCUGUGGAAGGUUUUGUGCAAAUUAGUAACACACUACGAUAGAGUUCAUUCCAAGGAUUGCGCAGAUGAGGAUCAACUAGCAGAGCACGUUGUUCGCUUGACAACUAGUCUUGCAAAAUGCAAAUUCAGGAAGCAAUUGUCAUGGUUAUCUGUGCAAACUAAUGGUGUGAUAGUCCCAAAUGAUUUUGUGAAUAAAGAUCAGCUUAAGAAGGAUACUUGGUUUAUGUCCUUACUAGCUAUCCCAAAAGUCAAGCCAAGGCUUGCCCUGGCAAUCUGGAAGAAGUAUGGUACCAUGAGGUCUCUUCUGAAUGUAUAUAUGGAUCCCAAUAAAAGUAAUCGUGAGAAGGAGCUUUUGCUUAAAGACCUGAAGUAUGAAGAUAGCCUCGGCGAGGAAAGCAAAAAGGUGGGACCAGUAUACUCUAGGAGAGUGUACAGAAUGCUCAUGGCGGAAAAUGGGGCAAUGGAAGCAGAAGAAGCUGUGAAAUCCUAAGUUUAUGCAGUAGGAUCCUUUGGUCUUUUGGACUUGUUAACUUAGCGUGUAUGUAUUAGGUGUUGCGCUGCCCAGAUGAGAUUCCAAGUUUCAUGCUGUGCUUUUGUAACGAAGCCAUUAGCUCAGCUGCUCAUGUUCCGUGAAACCUCUGAAAACGGAACAAUCGUAUGUUAAUGCUAGUCUCUGAGACUAGAGCUGUACGGUACUGAACUUCACAAAUGGUCAAGCAUCUACUCUCUCCGCCCUAAAAUAAGUGUCGUAAGCUUAGCACAACUUUGUACUAAAGUUAGUAUAAAGUUAAUUUUGGGACA